GGUGGGUGUGUAGAUGCUGUUUCAGCUGCAAUACAAGUGCUAGAGGGGGACAAUUUUUCAAAAGGGGUAGGAAAGGAGAAGCAGUGGUGUGACCACUGUAACAGAUCCUACCAUACAAAAGACACUUGUUGGAAGAUCCAUGGCAAACCUGCCAAUUGGAAGCCUAAAAACAAGAGAGAAAACACCCGCACAACAUAUGUAGCUGAAACAACUGGAGAAAUUGGAAGCAAAACUGAUCUGAAUCUGACAGAAGAACAGAUCCAGGUCCUUUACAGACUGAUAAAUCAAGGUAUUACCCCUGCCAGUCCUUCUACUCCUCAACCCACUGCAUCAACAGUCCAGAAAGGACCAAGCUUCGGGGAUGAUGAUUGGCAAUGCUGAAGCUAAGGAUGGACUUUACUGGCUAACUGGAAACAUUUCAGCUUCUUCGUCUUUGAAUAAAUCUGUUCUAACUGUUACAACCAAUGCCAAAGCCAUGUUAUGGCAUAAACGGUUGGGACAUCCAAGUUUUCCUUAUCUUAGAUUAUUGUAUCCUCACAUUUUUAUCAAUAAAGACCAAAGUUUUUCUUGUGAGCAAUGCACUCUUGCAAAACAGUCCAAAACUCAUCAUUCUAUUCACCCUUACAAGCCCUCAACACCAUUUCAUUUGAUCCAUAGUGAUAUUUGGGACCCUCUAAACACCCUAAUAUAUCUAGUUCUAGAUGGUUUAUUACCUUCAUUGAUGAUCAUUCUAGGGCAUGUUGGGUGUAUCUUAUGAAGGAUAAAUCUGAAGCUAGUUGCCUAUUCAAACGUUUCCAUAAAUUUGUUUUGAAUAUGUUUCAAGCUCAUAUUCAUAUUUUGCGUACCGAUAAUGGUCGCGAAUAUUUUUCUCAUGACUUGACUAAUUAUUUGAAUGAACAUGGUAUUUUGCAUCAAAGUUCUUGCCCCUACACACCAAAACAAAAUGGUGUGGCUGAAAGAAAAAAUAGACAUCUAUUAGAGGUGGCUCGGGCUAUGAUGUUUACCUCCCAUGUUCCACAUUCAUAUUGGGGAGAGGCUGUUCUUACAGCCACUUAUUUGAUAAAUCGUCUUCCCUCUAAACCUCUACGAUUUAGAACCCCUCUUGAGACUCUUUGUGACAUCUACCCUCAUGCACCAUUUCUACAAUCUCUUGAUCCUAAAAUUUUUGGAUGUGUGGUGUAUGUUCAUAACUACAAUGUAUCCCGCACAAAAUUAGAUCCCAAAGCCCUCAAGUAUGUUUUUGUUGGGUACUCUCCUUUUCAAAAGGGAUACAAGUGUUAUUGUCCUGUUUCUCGUCGAUUCUAUGUUUCUACCGAUGUCACAUUCUAUGAGAACCUCUCUUAUUAUUCAAGAACAGCUCCUUUUUCCAACUUGCAUGACCUUGUGCCUCUCUCUUUGCCUCUUCCUACUUCUCUACCAGCAUCCUGUCAAGGGGGAGAAGUAUCUAUCUUUGACAAUGUACUGGCAGCAUCAACUCCUAAGCACAAAAAUCAAAAUCCCCCACUGUUUGUAUAUUCCAGGAGACCUAAGGAACUUCCACAGACUCAGCAUGGUCAAUCAUCUACCCUUGAAGCUAGUCCAAUGGAAGGUGACAGUUCUUUAGGGGAUGCAUCAGCAGAAGAUAACAAUGGAGGUAGGGAGGAGACUGAAAAUAACAGUGAAGGCAGGGAGGAAAUUGAAAACAGCACUGAAAACAACAGCACGGACAUUCAUGCUCCUCAAGGAGAUGGUCUCGAUUGGGCAGUUCCUAUAGCUCUAAGAAAAGGGGUAAGGUCAUGGGUUAAAUAUCCUAUGUCAAACCAUCUAUCUUAUGCAAAAUUGUCUCCCAAAUUCAGAGGUUUUAUUGCCAGACUUGAUAGUACAGAAAUUCCAAAACAUAUCCAAGGAGCUUUGGAUGAUCCUAAGUGGAAAGAUGCAGUUAUGGAAGAAAUGAAGGCCUUAAUUGGGAAUCAUACUUGGGAGAUGGUUGAGCUGCCCCCAGGAUGAUCCAAGCACAAAUGCUGGGCGUGGAUCAAAUUUGACUGAAGAUGGUCAUGUGGAAUCUGAUGCCAGUAUCAUGGAUGGUGAUUCUGGAGCAUUCGGGGCUGUUGGAGCAGUGCCAGUUAAUAUUAGCAGGUGUCAUUAAUGGUAUCCAAAUUGCUGCUUUGUUAGCCAAAGAACAAAUGUUGGGGUUGUCACUACUGGGUCGGAUACCUCCCAUGUUCUUGGUUGGUGAAGGUGCACGUUCUUGGGCAAAGUCGAAGGGCCUUUCUUUGCCAGCAAGUAUAAAAGAGGCUGAUGAAUGGCUGGUUACAGAGAGGGCGAAAAGACAGUGGGAAAGAUACAAAGCAAUGCUUGAUGAUGCAAGAGCAUCAACUGCAGAAAUUGACAUACAAUUUUCUUCUAGCCUACAAAAGAAUGCUGCUGUAUUAGCUCAACCACAGAAUUAUUCAACAGAAAAUGGGGUUCCUGAUCAAUCUGCUGGAUCAAGUGCACCAGAAGAUGACUGUGUUAUGGAUACUGUUGGGGUUAUUUGUGUUGACACUGAAGGACAUAUAGCGUCUGGUGCCUCAAGUGGUGGCAUUGCACUGAAGGUAAGCGGACGUGUGGGUUUAGCAGCCAUGUAUGGCUCAGGUUGCUGGGCAUCUUCAAAAGGUCCAUUUGGUGCUCCAUUUAUAAUUGGAUGCUGUGUUAGUGGUGCUGGAGAGUAUUUAAUGAAAGGUUUUGCUGCCAGGGAAUGCUGUGUAUCAUCAUCGCUGUCACAGGCAGGUCCAGCCUCUGCUUGUGUGAAGGUUUUGCGUUCUGUUGUCCAAGAUGGUGGCCAGCAAGGUACUACUGAUAAGAGUGCUGGAAUUCUAGUUGUUCAGGCCGAUGCCCCUCUAACACUUUCUGGGACUUCAUCUAAUAAGCUGAAAGCUAUAGAGAUCGCAGCUGCCUACACUUCCCAGUCCUUUGGAAUAGGAUAUUUUGCAAGCUCUAUGGAGCGGCCCAAGGCCUCGAUUCUCAGGAGUAGAAAACUGCAAAAUAAGAUGGGCAUUGAACAGUUUGCUGCACAAAUUGAUGUUGCAGCAGCUCAAAGAUUAUUAUAGCAUGUGAAUCCAGUUUAGGAAUUUUGGAUCCUUCCAGCACCGGUUUUUCCAUAUGACUUUAUUAACUUUAUACGAUGACUAUGAACUUUUAUCUAGCAAACGAAUAAAACAGUUGGGAUUAAUUUCGUUGGCAUUUGACUCAGAUAAUAAAGUUAUUUAUUUGGUUAAUCUUUACU